UUUAAAAGUAAUAAUAAUAAUAAUAAUAAGAUAUAAUUUUUACUCAUCUUUCAUGUUUCACCGCAUCACCUCAUCACUCUGUAUAUUUAUAGUUAAUAUUUUAAUAAACGUAAAUACCACAAGAACAAAAAUAUUACUCUGACAACUCUUAAUAAUAUUUUAAUUAUCUUUGUUUUAACCACACUAAAUGUAUUUAAAGAAGAAUCACCCAAACAUUACCUUGAACCAGGCUUAUAGUACUCGAGUCCGACUCGUGCCCUAAUUUUAAGGACUCAUGACUUGACUCGGACUUGUUCUUGGACUCGACUUGGCUCAGUAGUGGACUCGACUCGAAAUUUACUUUAAUGACUCAGACUUGUUCUCAGAUUCAACUCGGACUUGACUCGAAAUUUACUUUAAUGACUUGGACUUGUUCUCGGACUUGACUCAGAUCAAUAAUGGAGUCGACUCGGACUCAACUCCAAAUUUACUUUAAUGACUCAGGCUUGUUCUAGGACUCAACUUGGAUCAAUAGUGGACUUGACUCGGACUUGACUCGAAAUUUACUUUAAUGACUUGGACUUGUUCUCGGACUUGACUCAGAUCAAUAAUGGAGUCGACUCGGACUCAACUCCAAAUUUACUUUAAUGACUCAGGCUUGUUCUAGGACUCAACUUGGAUCAAUAGUGGACUCGACUCGGACUCGACUCGAAAUUUACUUUAAUGACUCGGACUUGUUCUCGGAUUCGACUCAGACUUGACUCGAAAUUUACUUUAAUGACUUGGACUUGUUCUCGGACUUGACUCAGAUCAAUAAUGGAGUCGACUCGGACUCAACUCCAAAUUUACUUUAAUGACUCAGGCUUGUUCUAGGACUCAACUUGGAUCAAUAGUGGACUCGACUCGGACUCGACUCGAAAUUUACUUUAAUGACUUGGACUUGUUCUCGGAUUCGACUCGGACUUGACUCGAAAUUUACUUUAAUGACUUGGACUUGUUCUCGGAUUCGACUCAGACUUGUUCUCGGAUUCGACUCGGACUUGUUCUCGGAUUCGACUCGGACUUGACUCGAAAUUUACUUUAAUGACUCGGACUUGUUCUCGGAUUCAACUUGGAUCAAUAAUGGACUUGACUCAAAAUUUACUUUAAUGACUCAGACUUGUUCUCGGACUCAACUCGGAUCAAUAGUGGAUUCGACUCGGACUCUACUCCAAAUUUACUUUAAUGACUCGGACUUGUUCUCAGACUCGACUCAACUUGAAAUUUACUUAAAUGACUCGGACUUGUUCUCGGACUUGACUCGGAUCAAUAAUGGAGUCGACUCGGACUCAACUCGAAAUUUACUUUAAUGACUUGGACUUGUUCUCGGACCUGACUUGGAUCAAUAGUGGACGCAACUCUGACUCGACUCGAAAUUUACUUUAAUGACUUGGACAUGAAAGCUUGGGACUCGAGACUGGACUCAGACUCGAGGUUUAGUGCCUCGACUACAACACUGCCUUGAACACAUUCUGAAAUAUAUGACGUUUCUGCUUCUGAGCAGCUGGACCAGGAUCACACACCUCCAUGAUCUCAACAUGUUCCUCACCGUCUGCAUUAAAAACCAAUCAGAAUCGAGAGUUUCGCCGUCGUUUGUUUCACCGCACGCUCCUACAGAGACUGGAUACAGGUCACGGUCAGGAUCAGCUGCCUUGAGCUCCACACAAGGAAGAGGAGAUGAGAUCUUUGGGGUUGAGUAAAAAGUCAUAUCUAACUGGGAAAGAGGACACUUUAAUUCUCUAAUUCAAUAACGUGUCUGGAUUUUCUGUGCAUGUCGAGAGAAAGUGCUUCGUUUAAGACCACGCAGAGAGUCCGUCCUUCAAACAAACCCCUGUGGCGAGCGGUAUUAGCAUGAUUUAGCUAAGACGUGCACUCAGCUUAAAAUUAAAAAACAAACUCUUUUAGCAAACUACACUCACCGUCCGGCCACUUUAAUAGGAACUUGUUCUUGAUUCUAAGAUCCCCGUUCUUGGCUGCAGGAGUGGAACCCAAUGUGUUCUUCUGUUGCUUUUUUGCUGAGAUGCUUUUCUGCUCGCCACAGUUGUAAAGAACAAUUAUAUGAGUUACUAUAUCCUUCCUGGCAAAAAAGCUCGAACCACCUCAAAUCUGUCCAUUUUCUGAUCUCUGCCCCUCUCUUAUCAGCAAGGCUUUCCAUCCACAGAACGAACGGUCACUCACUCACUCGAUGUUUUUUGUACCAUUCUGUUUGUGUAAACUCAAGAAACUGUUGAUUGUGUGUGAAAACCCCAGAAAGGAGAUCAGCAGUUUCUGAAAUACUCAAACCUCAGACUCCUCUGGCUCAAACCAACACCCAUGCCACAGUGAAAGGAAGUCACACUUCACUGUGAGAUCACAGUUUUUCCCAUUCUGAUGUUCGAACAUUGUGAACAUUAAUUACCUGAAGCUCUUGAUUUGAAGCGUCAAGCGAUCGGCUGAUUAGAGAACUGCAGAAAACAAACAGCAGAUGGAUGGAUGGGUGUGCCUAAUAUAGUGGCCAGUGAGUGUACAUGAAUCCAAGUUUAAUCCCCGUCUCGUUUUCAGCUGUAAUUUACUAGAAAACUGAUUCCACAGCAGUAGCUGUAUAAAUCAGAGGCUAGCAGGUAAUGAUUGCCCCCUAGUGGCAGCAUGCUUAAACAACUACAUUUACACAGCAACUUUUUUUUUUUUUUUACUUUUCACGACACGCAUCAAAAAUAACUAAAAUUAGGAUACUAGUUUGUUCAUGGGUUAGGCCACUCCCAAUUCAGGGUUAAAUCCAGAUACAGAUAUUGGGAGCACUCAGCAGAUACGGAUACACUGUGUGACGUUGUGUUACACCUCAAAUAUAUCCACGAUGAAGAACUGUGAUUGAAAUGAACUCAUUAUGAAUUGAUAAUCAGUUUGACACUUGUCUUCCAAACGCUGUCACUUUGUAAUUUGUAUGAAAGAUUUGGAUGAUAAUCUCUGUGUGUGUUAUAUUUGUACAUAUUGUACACAUUGUCUGUAUUUGUGUAUAUGUUCUUGUGCCACAGUGAAAGAACAGAGAAGAUAUUUUGACUUCAUACUGUAUAGAAAUGGAAUGAAACGGGUUUGGA